AUGAUGAUGUCUUCAUAUGGCCCUGACUACAACAACAAGGACAAGGUUAUAUUCAUCUUGGGAGCGACCGCUACUGGGAAAUCUAAGCUUUCCAUUGAUUUUGCUUCAAAUAUUCAGGCAGAAAUCAUCAAUUCCGACAAGAUCCAAGUCUACAAAGGACUCGACAUUGUCACAAACAAAAUGAAUGAAUCGGAACGUCAAGGGGUUCCACACCAUUUGCUAGGGUUUAUUGAAGAUCCUGAUGCUGAUUUCACAAUUGAUGAUUUUCGUUACCAUGUAGAAACAACAAUCGAACGCAUAAGAGAGCGCGGUCGUAUUCCUAUUGUUGUAGGUGGAUCAAACACUUAUAUUGAAGCAUUGGUUGAACAACCAAACAAUCGUUUUCGAUCCAAAUACGAUUGCUGCUUCUUAUGGCUUGAUGUCUCUUUGCCUAUACAUUUUGAGUAUGUUGGGAAACGAGUUGAUCAAAUGGUUGAAGCAGGUCUCGUUGAUGAGAUUCGCGAGAUGUUCGAGGAAGGAGCAGACUAUACUCGAGGAAUUCGACGUGCUAUUGGUGUUCAUGAAUUGGAACCCUAUUUUUUGGCUGAGAGAAACUUGGAUAACAAUGUAGAUUUAGAAACUUUGCUUAGGGCCAGUAUUGAGGAAACCAAGGAAAAUACUUGCAAAUUGGUUAUUCGACAGUUGCAAAAGAUUCAAAGGUUGAAGAAUGAGCUUAAGUGGGAAAUUCAUCGGAUCGAUGCAACUUGUGUGUUUGAGAAAAGUGGUAAAGAGGCUCAAGAUGCGUGGGAAAAAUUAGUUCUCAGGCCAAGUUUGGAAAUUGUGAGCGAUUUCCUCCAAGGGAAUAACAAUAAUAUGAGAGCUCAUGAAAAUAAGAACGAGAAAAGGUUGAACAUCUUAAGGGACAUUGAUUCUCGUUUUGAAAUAAGAGGAAGAGAGCUUGUUACUGAGAGUCUUAGGAGGAAACCAAUAUGA